UAUGUGGCCUUUGCCUCCCUCUUCUUCAUCCUGGUCUCCAUCACCACUUUUUGCCUGGAGACCCACGAGCGCUUCAACCCCAUCGUGAACAAGACGGAGAUCGAGAACGUUCGGAACGGCACGCAGGUGCGCUACUACCGGGAAGCGGAGACGGAGGCCUUCCUCACCUACAUCGAGGGCGUCUGCGUGGUCUGGUUCACCUUCGAGUUCCUCAUGCGUGUCGUCUUCUGCCCCAACAAGGUGGAGUUCGUCAAGAACUCGCUCAACAUCAUCGACUUCGUGGCCAUCCUCCCCUUCUACCUGGAGGUGGGCCUGAGCGGGCUGUCGUCCAAGGCGGCCAAGGACGUGCUGGGCUUCCUGCGCGUCGUCCGCUUCGUGCGUAUCCUGCGCAUCUUCAAGCUGACCCGCCACUUCGUGGGCCUGCGGGUCCUGGGCCACACGCUCCGCGCCAGCACCAACGAGUUCCUGCUGCUCAUCAUCUUCCUGGCCCUGGGCGUGCUCAUCUUCGCCACCAUGAUCUACUACGCCGAGAGGAUAGGGGCGCAGCCCAACGACCCCAGCGCCAGCGAGCACACGCACUUUAAGAACAUCCCCAUCGGCUUCUGGUGGGCCGUGGUCACCAUGACGACGCUGGGCUAUGGAGACAUGUACCCGCAGACGUGGUCCGGCAUGCUGGUGGGGGCGCUGUGCGCGCUGGCGGGCGUGCUGACCAUCGCCAUGCCCGUGCCCGUCAUCGUGAACAAUUUCGGGAUGUACUACUCCUUAGCCAUGGCUAAGCAGAAACUACCAAAGAAAAAAAAGAAGCAUAUUCCACGGCCACCGCAGCUGGGAUCUCCCAAUUAUUGUAAAUCUGUCGUAAACUCUCCACACCACAGUACUCAGAGUGACACAUGUCCGCUGGCCCAGGAAGAAAUUUUAGAAAUUAACAGAGCAGAUUCCAAACUGAAUGGGGAGGUGGCGAAGGCCGCGCUGGCGAACGAAGACUGCCCCCACAUAGACCAGGCCCUCACUCCCGAUGAGGGCCUGCCCUUUACGCGUUCGGGCACCCGCGAGAGAUACGGACCCUGCUUCCUCUUAUCAACUGGGGAGUACGCGUGCCCACCUGGUGGAGGAAUGAGAAAGGAUCUUUGCAAAGAAAGCCCUGUCAUUGCUAAGUAUAUGCCGACAGAGGCUGUGAGAGUGACUUGACCAGGCGGCUUGGCCGAGGACACUGGUGGCUAUUAAGCAUCUGGGUGGACCUGCAGCCCCUCCUCACCCUCGGACAGAGUAAAUUCACGCCAUGCAGGUUUGCCGGACGAGUCCGAGUGGCCCAGGCAUUGUACUAGGACGGACGUAGCUUUUCCUACGGCCAAAUGGUAACUGACCGUAGAGGAUUUCUUUUCCUUCUUUUCAUUUUUUAAAAUUUUAUUUUAUUUGGGGAGGGGGGGUGGAGGGGUUCCUUAGCAUGACUUGCAUGAAGUUCAACAGAAAACCCAGCAAGCCAAACCCAUCAAACCCCUGCAACUGUAUGAUUACCCUAAACAACAAUAAUGAAAAGAAAAAGCAAAAGUCUUUAUUUUCUUUCAAAACUCUUUACUUUUACACACAUUGUUGGAGCCAAACUGUAACGACAUUCGGUAGAAACCUGUACAUUUCUGGGGGUGGGGGGCAAGGGGAGGAAGAACGGGGAUGGAGAAUGGGUUGUCUCCCUUUUUGUACACAAGAUCGAGAGUAAAGGUUCCAAAAAGGGCAGUCGGUCAGUCAUCGGUCAUAUUGACCUCACCUUCGUAGCUCAUCUCUCAUGCAGAAACUGAGAACUUUGCUCCAAAUAGAAUCGUGGAAACUCGCACUGCCGCCUUCUUCCCUCUCUGUUUGGCAUGCUUGUGACCCACCGGACGUCUCCCCAAGACCCCUGACAGCGGCCAGUCUAGGUCGAUUCUCUCAUCUUAUCAGUGCGUAGAUCCAGUGUGACCAACUUUCAUAACAAAUUGUUCAUAAUAAAUAAUCAACACCAUACGGAUUUUCCAAGUGUUACUUUAAAACCAGGAUGUAGAGCACCAAAAGAUCAGGACCAUGGGAGGAGCAACUCCUCCACUUUUAUUAAGACACAACCUGGCAUUGUAUGCAAUUUAGUACUUCAGAGUAAAAAACUGCAUGCCCAAUGUUAUGCAAAGCGACUCUAGCAUGAAAUAAAUUUUGUAUCAUGGUU